CCUAAUAAUAGGGGACUUGGUCGUUUGAUUCUUUGUGCGCGGCAUUGUCGCUGCCGCGCAUCGUUUGAUUCGUUUCUCCAAUUUGUGUGGCUGUCCGCGGCAAUGUCGAAGCCGCGGCUCUCCUCCCGCAGCGCGCCGGCGGAGUCAGAUGAAAAUGCGUCGCGCACGAAGCUCCUGAUCGGCGGUGUCUCGGCCUUCCUGCUCCUCGCCAUGAUUAUCGGCACGGCGGCCUUCUUUCUGUCGGAGAAGGCCGAGGACGAGGGGGACGCGGACGACCAAAUGAUGACCUCCACGAUGCGCACCGUCGACCUCUUCUGCGCGCCCACGGACUACCAGGCCACGUGCAAGGAGACGCUGACCAAGCCGCUGGAGCGCUCUUCCAACCAGGUCGACCACCCGCACGCCGCCGCCGCCGCCGCCAUCACCGCCGUCGGCCGCGAGCUCGCCCGCGGCUUCAACGAGUCCUCGCUGCUGGAGGCCGUGCGCCGGAGCAACGACACGCUGGUCCACGAGGCCCUGCUCGACUGCAAGAUGCUCCUGGAAGACUGCGCCGAGGACGUGACCCGCGCGCUCUCCAGCGUCGCGUGGCGCGGCGUCGACGGCCCGGCGCAGGACCUCCAGGCCUGGCUGAGCGCCGUGAUCACGUUCCAGGGCUCCUGCGUCGACAUGUUCCCCAAGGGCGAGGUCCGCGUCCAGGUGAAGGAGAUCAUGGAGAAGGCGCGAGAGAUCUCGAGCAACGCCAUCGCCAUCAUCCAGCAGGGCGCUGCCCUCGCCGCCAUGCUCGAAAUCGACGCCGGCGCGGAAGUCAACCUACCCGUACCCGACGACGCGGACGACAACGACAACACCACCACGGCCGACCAAAGCGACGGCGAGCGCCAGCUCCGGGAGUCCGUGUCCGACGUCCCCACGUGGGUGCCCAGAGAGGACCGGAGGAUUCUCGAGGAGGCGGAAGAAGAACACAAUGGCGUGCUCAAGCCCAACGUGACAGUGGCCAAGGAUGGCUCCGGCGAAUUCGCAAACAUCUCGGCCGCCUUGGACGCGAUGCCGAAGGAUCACAGCGGGAGGUAUGUGAUUUACAUCAAGGAGGGUGUCUACGACGAGUCCGUGAACGUCACCAACGGGAUGUCAAACAUCACCUUCUACGGCGACGGCCCGAAGAAGUCCAUCAUCACCGGCAGCAAGAGCGUCGCCGACGGCGUAAGGAUGUGGAGAACCGCCACCUUGGCGGUGGACGGGGACAGAUUCAUGGCGGUGAAGCUGGGGAUCCGAAACACGGCGGGGGACGAGAAGCAGCAGGCGCUGGCGCUGCGCGUCAAGGGCGACCGGGCCAUCUUCUUCAACUGCCGGAUCGACGGCCACCAGGACACGCUCUUCGCGCAGGCCUACCGGCAGUACUACCGCAGCUGCAUCAUCUCCGGCACCGUGGACUUCAUAUUCGGCGACGCGGCCGCAGUGUUCCAGCGCUGCGUGCUUCUCGUCAAGGACCCGCUCCCGGGGAAGCCGGGCGUGGUGACCGCGCAUGGCCGCCGCGACCGUCAACAGACCACCGGAUUCGUCCUGCACCGGACCCGCAUCGUGGCAGAUGAAGCCCUCGCCAGCAAGUCGUCGACGGUGAAGACCUUCCUGGGGCGGCCGUGGAAGGAGUACUCGAGGGUGGUGGUGAUCGAGUCGGUGAUCGACGGGUUCGUGCACGCGCAGGGGUACAUGCCGUGGGAGGGCAAGAACAACCUGGGCACGGCGUUCUACGGCGAGUACGGCAACAUCGGGGACGGCGCCAACAUCACCGCGCGAGAGGAGAUGAAGGGGUUCCACGUGCUCAACAAGGAGAAGUCCAAGACGUUCACGGUGGAGCGAUUCCUGAACGGCGGUGAGUGGAUACCGGAGACGGGCACGCCGGUGAGGCUAGGGCUGUUCGGCUGAUAUAUGCAGAUGGGUGGAGUGUGUUCAUCGAUCCCUGUGUACGAAUGCGUUGUUAGGUUCAACUGUAAUGUUAUGAAUGUACAAAAUACAGUCAAAAUAGUGACUUCAAAACGGAA